ACAGAUGCCACGUGUUCGGCGGACAGAAGUGGCACGAGGCAGUGGUGCGCAGCUAUAAAGGCGGUUGGGAGAGCCACCACUUCACCACCACCAGAGCCACCAUGAUCACCACCACCCCGCUUGUGCUACUGCUCCUGUCUGCAGGUGCUCUGGGACAAUCCUGCGUGGGCCGGUGUGGCGUGAAUGAUGGAGUAAGUUCCUGCCAGUGCAACUCUGUCUGUUCCAAUUUUGGUGACUGUUGUGGUGACUAUGAGGCCGUCUGCCUGUCAUGCAAAGACAGAUGUGGGGAGAGUUACCUGCAGUCAAAACCCUGCCAGUGCAACGACAAAUGUGGAUCUUAUUCCAACUGUUGUAAAGACUAUGAUGAGGUGUGUGGCGGUGGUGGACAAGGCGUGACGGAUGAUGACCUGCACACCAUCACGGAAGAAAUGUUCACUGCAGAGGUGAACAGCGUCUAUGACCAACUGACACUUGACUUCCAGGGGAAGGGGAAUUCUGGAGACUUGGCCCCCGGCCCACUGUUCGUGUCAGUGCCAGAGUCUGCACUAAGCGGCCCCACCAUAGCACCACUAAUGAAGGUGCAAGACAACUACAUCCCCUCAGUUUCCCAGGCGGAGGAACAAGAUGCGACCGAGAUAGCAGAACAGAAUGCCUUCUUGGACGCAAUCAUGAACACUGAAGUCAUGAAACUGGCUGAGACUUUCCUUCACUCCAAAAAUCUCUUGACGGGAUCUUUACGUGACAAGCUGGACGAGAUGUGGUUUACCCUGUACAAGCGCAAACAUGACCAGAGUUCUUCAGGCUUUGAACACGUGUUUGUUGGAGAACAAGAUGGUGGUGUGUCUGGUUUCCACAACUGGGUCAACUUUCAAAAGGAAGAAGCUGAGGGUGAUCUGAAUUACUUCAGCUGGAUGGACUCUAUAAAGCUUGGGACCAAGGGGGAAUUGCUCAUGAAUCGGUAUAAUUGGGAGGGUCACAUGAAGAACAUUGGCUCCAUGUUUAUCGGUACUUCACCGGAAUUGGAGAUGGCCACCUACACUGUGUGCUUCUUGGCCCGACCUGACAGUCUCUGCCCAGUCCAGAUGUCUAACCAACAGUUCCACGUACAAACAUGGACAAUCUUUGGCAACUUAGUGGGCAGUGCAUACCCCGAUAUUCCUUAAGUCUAACAAGCAUAUAUUGUCAGCUAUCACAAUUAUAGCUUCCUAUCAAACUAUUACA